CUGAAACUAACAUUUUUUUCUAGAUGCCAAAAGUUAGGAUCAAGUCGACAACUGAAGCUCACGGAAUAUGAGUGCACAACCUGCCAGUUGGUUAUAUUCGGUGAUGAUAUGUCUAUCAUGCGACACCGCAUGACCAGGCAAGGAAAGGGAAAACGUUCAAAAAAGAUCACUUUGAACCAAAAGGUGAAAAAUCUUCUUGUUAGCGAAAAGUUCAUAACGCAGGAGGCUAAUAGACUUGUAAAGGAAGCAAAAGAAGUUCUACAGAAUCAGGCAAAGGUUAAUGAAUGCUGUUGCGCGAUUAAAGCAGCUUUGACGGAACUCUAUCCGCAUUGCGCCGUUUAUCCCUUCGGGUCACAGGUCUCUGGACUAGGAAAUAAGCAUAGUGAUUUAGAUUUAUUUGUCGACUUGGACGACAUGUAUUUCGGCGAAAAAAACCAAGAUUCGCGUAAUCAAGUUAGAUACGUAACUGACGUAAUGAAAGUAUUUGUGAAGAAGCCAAAGCUUUUCCGUGAUCUCAAUCCGAUCGCUAGCGCUAGAACGCCGAUUGUACAAGUCUACCACGUUCCUACUCAAUUAGAUUGUGAUUUAUCAUUUCGACACGGUUUAAGUGUGGAAAACACCAAAUAUUUACGGCUGUGUAUAGAAUUGCAACCGACGAUUCAGCAGUUAAUUCUUAUACUAAAGCAAUGGCUGGUUUGCACUAAAUUGACGGGCCAUAUCACAACGUACUCGCUUUCGAUGAUGGUAAUCUUUUUUUAUCAAAGUUUGGGAUAUUUAACCGCAGUUCACAAGCUUAAAUAUUUAGCACCGGGAGCCUCGCUUAUUAUUGAUGGCUGGGGCGUUAUCAAUUUCGAUUCAUUUACCCCAGAAGCGAUUAGGCCACAUAUUAAUUUAUGUGAAAAAUCUCUCAAGGAAUUACUCGUGGAUUUUUUUUUGUAUUAUAGCAAGUUUAAUUAUGAAAAAGAUGUGAUUUGUCCUCUCUUAGGACAUACCAUAAUAAAAUCUCUAUUUUCCGAAGACGCACAGGUUACCGGUUUACCUCUGGAAAUGUCAAUAUAUGUUCGAAAAGUUUCUGAAAACACCACUGAGCAUUUUAGGUCUGAAUCGGCCAUGUGUAUUCAAGAUCCGUUCGAUUUGAGUCACAAUUUAACGAAAGGCUGUUCUGCUGGUAUUGUAAAUAAAUUAAAGCAAUUAUGUGGUUUGACGCAUACAUUUUUAACAACGGGAAAAUAAUGUUUAUGGGGUUGAGUUUUUUAUAUGCUUUGUUUUAUUGUACAAUCUUUUAAAUAAAAGUGCUUGAAAACCCU